AUGGAUAGACUACCCAUAUCUUUUAAUAUUGACGCCCGGAAUGACCAAUAUUCUGCAAGCGAGAUCCCCGACUCCCAAUUUAUAAUGGACCAAGGCGACGAAUAUACAUACGCCCAACUCAGCACCGACCCAAGCAGUCCCUCGAUCGACGCACUGCCAGCCAAGGCUCACCAAUCAAACUCUUCGCCUCAGAAAUCGGUCUUCAUUAGGACCUCGGGAAGACUUGCAAAUCGCCGUGCCAAAAAUCGGCCGACGUCAUAUUCCAAAUCGGAUAAAGUUGACUCUUCCGGGUCGUCGAUUCUAUCAUCCAAAACAUCAGAAUCUCGCUCAUCGCAUCAAACCGUAACGCCAGAGGAUACAAGCGCUUGCAUAACGGGUAGGGCGCAUAAUAGACCCAGACAGAACGGGGUUGUGCCACCAAACUCUCCUCCCACUAGAGAGACACGACGACGAAGGCAAUAUGCAGAUGAUGAUGAUACUGAUCAUGGCGUCAACACGAGCAAAAGGACCAAGUUCCUGGAGCGAAAUCGAACAGCGGCGACUAAGUGUCGCCAAAAGAAAAGGGAAUGGGUGACGGAUCUAGAAGAAACGAAGUUUGACUUAGAAAACCAGCACAACCACCUUCAGAGGGAGUAUAGCGAUUUGAAAAAUGAGAUUACUCAGAUCAAGUCGCAACUCAUGGAUCAUUCCGGUUGCAACGACACCAAUAUCAACAAAUGGAUCGAAAACGAAGCAAAGAGAUUUGUCCUGGGAACGAGCGAAAGAUACGACCAGAUGCUGGCCAAUUCAAGCGACACACCUAGACAUAUUAUUAGUCGUCAGGACAGCUUCUCUUCCGCUGCAGGAUAUCAGACAAUGCAUGAUUUGGAACUUCUUAGCCCAGUUGCUCCGUCACAUUCGUUCCACCCCGGGGAUUUCAUACCAAGUCCACCCAUACUCUACCGUUCAGAUCUAACGCCGAACUUCCCGCAGGCCGCAGCAUCGGACUCACACGAAGAGCCCUAUCCGAUGGAUGCUCUGCAUAAUACGACGCCUGAAGACAUCACGGUUUUUCAUAGUAUGUCGAUGGUUGAAGCAUUCAAAAAUUCCACUAUUCCUACAAGCUAA